AUGAUGCUUCGAUUACAGCCAGUCGACAAUGAUAUCAAAGGCCGAUUGGCUUUAGUCACGGGCUCAAGUGGCGGAAUAGGUUCCGCUGUAGCCAGAGUCCUUGCUUCUGAAGGUUGUGAUAUUGCUAUUCACUAUUCCUCCAACAAAGACAAGGCAGACAAGCUCGCACAAGAGCUUAGCAAAGCCUACCCAUCACAGUUGUUUGUAAUAGCACAAGCAGACCUUUCCCAAAGGGAAUCGACGAGAUUUCUUGUACCAAGAUUACUCAGUCAAGACGUUGUAUCAUCCAAGCACAAGGCGGUAUCGAUUUUGGUAGCAAACGCAGGGCUGGGACGACGAAUCCGCGAUGUAGCAGAUAUAGGAGAGGAUGACUGGGAUGAGAUGAUGGAGAUCAACAGUCGAAGCCAGUUCGUGGUGACAAAGGCUUGUAUCGAAGGGAUGAGAAAGCAAGGAUGGGGACGAGUGAUUCUGGUCGGGAGUAUUGCCGCUCGUGGGAGUGGACUCAAUGGAUGUCACUAUGCGGCGUCUAAAGGUGCACUCAGUUCGAUGGGCCAGAACCUGGCUACGUUGCUGGCACCGGAAGGUAUCACAGUCAACACUGUUUCUCCAGCUAUGAUCGGCUCAACAGGGAUGAUCCCUCCUCCCAAAUCCGAAACUUGGGAGAAAGGAUGUGAUCUGGUUGGCGAAGAGCGGAUACAUGACUGGGCAGGACAUAUUGCUUAG